AAGCGAAUGGUGGCAGUGUAAGUGCUAGGGACAUACCUUUGUCGCGGCUCUCGAAGUUGGUGCGCUCGACGGCGCGGGCCUCCUGCUGACGGCUGGUGUGAAUCUUGGCCUUGCCAGUCUUCGCGUUACCAGAAAAGGCGCGGAAACCAGCACCGGCAGCAGCGCCGUGCUUGGCCAACUGGACAGCCAUGGCCUUGCCCAUGACGGGGCAGCGAUGACCGAGCAGUUGCAGCUUGGACAUGGUGCCACCGCAAGGCGAGGCCUGGGCCGCCUGAGGACGGGCCGUGGUGGACAGGGCGCGCAGAGUGGCGGGAGAGGCCUUCUUGAGGAAGGGGCACAUGGCCUUGGACUGGCGGAGGACACUAUCCAUGGCGAGUUGAAUUGGAUUGGAUUGGAGUCGGGGCGACAGCAGGCGUGAUUGAAAUGCGGCAGACGAAGAACCGGAGGGGCAGCGAGUUGCGAGCGCGGUGGUGUCUGGCGACACAAAAUAUGGGAAUUUGGCGAGGGGCAGAGAAUGCCGAUGCGAUGCGAUGCGAUUUGGACGAGGGGCAAAUCCCUAUUCACUCAGCUGCACGUGGAAGCUUUGCAAGCGGAACGAAGCAAUUGCCGGUGGUAAUUCCGGAGUGGGUGAUGGGCAAUGGGGGUAGUGAAGUUGGGAGAGGAAGAAGAGAGGAAGAGGAGAAGAGGAAAGAGUGGAUGGGUCGGUUAAGAGACGAAGAGAGAAGGCCAGAGAGCGAGAGGGUUUUCGGCGGUUCGGGAAAGAGGGCCUCUUGCUGGGCAUGUUGCUCCGUCCAACAAUGCUCCAACUAUUACCACUCUGUUCCAGGCACUUGUCGCUCUAACUUAGGUACUAACUUAUCCCUUCUAAGAAGACAUUUAACAGGGACCUGGCUGCAAAGCGAGCCCGUGGUAGGGGACUUGACGUCGUUGCUACCUGGCCGCAGUCGCCGCAUUCGCCGCCACCUCCACCUCCUCGGAGCGGACGCACGCCGUGCGGAGUGGGUUAGUGGGUGUGGUAGGUCGAUGGUCGGUCGAACCGCUGCCGCUCCUGCGUCAGGUUGCACUUCUGUUCCUCGGAACAUGUUCUGUCUUUUUCCGCUGUCGCCCAGUUGUUGAAUUCUCUACACGACGGUUUGCUUUCCGCUGAGAUCUUUGCCCUGAAACUAAAACACAUCCUGCCAGGUCUCAACUGAUCUGAUCUGAUCUGACCCCGACCGCCGGAUGAAGCCAGCUUAGCGCACACCAGAGAGGGGCCAUGAUGACUCGGCCCAGCACGGAGCGGCCCCGGCAAGGGAAAAAAAAACGACACUCAUCACAAGGUCCAGA